UCCCCCUCUCUCAGCUACAGGAUCUGGUUUCCACUCGACUGGGUUUUGCCGUUGCAUCAGAGAAGGAGAAGAGGCAGGAAGAAUAGGCAGGGACAGAAGAACAGGUGAACAGAGGUGAAGUAGCGACCAUCUAACUGAGCAGAUUAGUGGUCUUCAAGCAGGCGGAUAGUGCUGGAUGUGAGCUGAUGUUCUUAGGAGGAACAGAUGGAAUCUGAAGAGAAUCUGCUCAAUGUUUUUCUGCAGCUGCUGCUGAUCGGCUCUCACUUCAUUCUGGUGGGCCCUUCACCCCCUGAGGAGGGCUGGCAGGUGUACAGCUCAGCUCAGGACACUGAAGGUAGAUGCGUUUGCACAGUUGUGGCUCCACAACAAACUGUUUGCUCCAGGGAUGCUCGAACCAAACAACUCCGACAAUUACUUGAGAAGGUUCAGAACAUGAGUCAGUCUAUUGAGGUUCUGGACCAGCGGACCCAGAGAGACAUGCAGUUUGUUGAGAGGAUGGAGGUUCAGCUGAAAAGUCUUGAAAAUAAAUUCAAACAAGUUGAGGAGGGACACGAGAGCAACAUUGCCAGACAAUACAAGUCUAUUAAGGCAAAGAUGGAAGAGCUGCGUCCUCUUAUCCCAGUUCUGGAGGCAUACAAGGCUGAUGCACUGCUGGUUCGUCAAUUUAAAGAGGAAGCAGCAAAUGUGACAGAGCUGCUGGGAUCAUUGCAGGAACAACUGGGAGGACUGGACUACCAGGAGCUCCACAGUCGGGUGAUGAACCUAGAGAAUCGUUUGCGUGCCUGCAUGCAGCGGCUUGCUUGUGGGAAACUAACAGGAAUAUCAGAACCAAUAACAGUGAAAACAUCUGGGUCCAGAUUUGGUUCUUGGAUGACAGACCCGCUAGCUCCAGCUGGAGAUAACAGAGUCUGGUACAUGGACGGUUAUCACAAUAAUCGCUUUGUCAGGGAGUACCAGUCGAUGUAUGACUUCAUGACCGCAGAUAACUUCACCUCCCAUCGCCUGCCUCAUCCAUGGUCUGGUACCGGCCAGGUGGUUUAUAACGGAUCUAUUUACUACAACAAGUUUCAGAGUCACACCAUCAUCAAAUUUGACUUUAGCACUUCACUAAUUAGUCGCUCCCGACAGCUCGACUUUGCUGGUUACAACAACAUGUACCAUUAUUCAUGGGGAGGGCACAGUGAUAUUGAUCUGAUGGUGGAUGAGGGUGGGCUCUGGGCUGUGUAUGCAACCAAUCAAAAUGCUGGAAACAUAGUUCUAAGCAAAUUAAAUCCAAACACUCUACAAAUAAUCCGCAGUUGGACCACCAACCAUCCAAAAAGAAGUGCGGGUGAGGCCUUUAUGAUCUGCGGGACAUUGUAUGUCACCAAUGGUUACUCAGGAGGAACAAAAGUGUACUAUGCCUAUUCCACCAACUCCUCCACAUAUGAAUACAUUGAUAUUCCCCUGACCAACAAAUACAGCCAUCUGUCCAUGCUUGACUACAAUCCUAGAGACAGAGCACUUUAUGCCUGGAACAACGGCCACCAGGUUCUGUAUAAUGUAACUCUUUAUCACAUAAUACAGUAACUUAAUCUUAUUUUAGCUUUCCUUCUGUGUCAGUGUUUAUAUUGAUAUCAUUCUCACUAAAGACAAAACAUUUCCUCUAACUAGAAAUUAAAUCUUUUACUAGCCUCAGGCUUCUCUACCUUCUAACUUUGAGACACCUGUAAGUGAAAAGGGACUAUUAGGAUAAUUUAUGUGCUUCCAUGCCAGAACGACGUGUUUAGGCCCACAAGCUGAGACUGUUUGAUGGCAGAAAAGAUUCAAACUGUUCUUACCCUCAACCCUCUUGUUAUAAGAUUUCCUUAUAACACAGAAGUUCACUGCGCUUUGUUCGAUGAUGACAUGGUAGUGUGAGUAGUAUCAAUGAUAGUCCUACAGUUUAAAAGAUUAAUAAAAUGUCUUUUAUUGUUGGGGUUCGAUAUGAUCACAACACAUAAUACUCAAAUUGAAUGUAAGGAUUUCGCCCAGAGCUUUGGCUAUUAAUUAUUAAAGCCAUCUCAAAUUAAUGUUGGACAAAAACUAUUGAUCAGUCUGUUAAAACAUUCUUAGUCAUGAACUCAGGUAAUAAAGAGCUAAGGACAAACUACUGAUAUCUAGAUAAUUAAAAUAACUGUCCAAAUUAACCGUAAAGGAAUCCAGUCAAAGAACGCCACUAUUUCUAGUUUGAAAAUCUAAAACUGAUGCAGUGCAAAUGUUUUUUUUGUAACACGCCAAAUCAAAGAUCCUUCUCAGCACUGGAAACACAGAAAAAGACAAACAGACUGUUAACUUUAAGGUUGUAAAUGUUAUUUGAUUGGUAAAUUAGCAACUUUCUGCAACUGACUUAAAGCUUUCACAUAGUUUCUAUUUGGAUGAACAGGUUCUAUGGGGGGGUAUAUUUUUUUCAAGUGUGAUUGUAACUCAAUUUAAUUGUAGUUUUUUUCUAAACAUGACAUAUCAUACAGCAAUAGUGAUAUUAUUCUCUUUUCCACAAUGUUAUUGCUAGAAGUUUUUGCAGGAAAAAUUAAUUUUUACAAUCAGAAACUUUUGUGAAGACUGUUUCUUAAUAUUGUUAGUUUUAGGUUUGUAAAACACUGUAAUAAGACUUUGCACUAAAAUAUUUACCAUUUCUGUUAUGUUAUUAAAAUAUACCAUAUAUUUAAUUUGUACUGAUGGCUGUUGUAACGUAGGCUUUAUGAUAGAAAUUAUGGAAAUCAAUGUUUUUUUUUUAUUGGCUGGCUUUUCUGUACUUCUGAAGUAAUGAUGUUCAUGUUAGAAUUUUCCGACACAUAAAGCAAUCUUAAUUAUUACUUUAAUCAUUCAUUUCAAAAUAUAACAGUGGUCUGCUUUCAACACUUUUACCAUAUUAUUUAUUGUAAUGAUUUGUGCUGAUUCUUUUUUAACUAUGGUAAUGUUGUCCAACAUAAAAUGGUUAUUGUAUAUUGAGGAAAUAAAGUGGGAACUAUGUACAUGUUUA